CAAUAAUUCUUAUGUUAUCAUUAAUUAGCUAAUGGAUUCAGUCUUGUUGUUGGUGUUGCCUAAGUGCAUUCUCAGCUAAUGCGCUAGCGGUUACCACUGAAGUGUAGUUUUGAAACGAAUUGUUGUUUUUAAAAGUAUAAUACUUGUAGCCUACUCCGCAUAAGUAACUAAAUGUACAACGUGAACAUCUGAAAUGCAACAAAAUUUUGAGUAGGUUGAGACAUGCUCUUGGCCCAGAUAAACCGUGAUUCCCAGGGCAUGGCAGAGUUUCAGGAUGCCGACGGCCAGCAGGUGACCCUGUGUCUGGCCGAAGCGGUGACCAUGGCAGACAGCGACCAUAUGGAGAGCAUGGACACUGUGAGUCUACAGGCGGUAACCCUCGCUGAUGGUUCUACAGCGUACAUACAGCAUGACCCCAAAGUUUGCUUUUCAGAUGGGCAGCUAAUGGAUGGACAGGUCAUCCAACUGGAGGAUGGGUCUGCUGCGUACGUCCAGCAUAUGUCCAUGCCCAAGUCAGGAGGAGACAGUUUACAGCUCGAAGACGGCCAGGCUGUCCAACUAGAAGAUGGAACGACAGCCUACAUCCAUGCGCCCAAAGAGACUUAUGAGCAGAGUAGCCUGCAGGCGGUCCAGCUGGAGGACGGCAGCACAGCGUACAUCCAGCACACAGUGCACAUGCCCCAGUCCAACACCAUCCUGGCCAUCCAGGCCGACGGCACCAUCUCGGACCUGCAGACAGAUGGAGGAAUCGACCCGGAGACCAUCAGUGUACUAGAGCAAUAUACCACCAAGGUGGAGAAUAUAGAGAGUGGGCUUUAUGGGCAAGCGGAGACCGACAACAGCGUCCACAUGCAGAUUGUGCUGCAGGGUCAAGAGGCGCGGCCCGGAAGGGUUUCACAUGUAGGAGAGAAAUCGUUCCGCUGCGAUCACGAUGGUUGUGGAAAACUCUACACCACUGCUCACCAUCUGAAGGUACAUGAGAGGUCCCACACUGGAGACAAGCCAUAUGUCUGUGAACACAUUGGCUGUGGGAAGAAGUUUGCUACAGGGUACGGCCUCAAGAGUCACUCGCGCACACACACAGGAGAGAAGCCCUACCGCUGCCAGGAGAUCAGCUGCCACAAGUCUUUUAAAACAUCCGGAGACCUGCAGAAGCACACACGGACCCACACAGGAGAGAAACCCUUCAAAUGUCCCGUGGAGGGCUGCGGAAGGUCGUUCACCACGUCCAACAUCCGCAAGGUACACGUCCGCACGCACACCGGAGAGCGGCCAUACUACUGCGCCGAGCCCACCUGCGGCCGCUCCUUCGCCAGCGCCACCAAUUACAAGAACCACAUGAGGAUCCACACAGGAGAGAAGCCGUACGUGUGCACUGUGCCCGGUUGCGACAAGCGCUUCACGGAGUACUCCAGCCUGUACAAGCACCAUGUGGUCCACACGCCCUGCAAGCCGUACAACUGCAACCACUGCGGGAAGACUUACAAGCAGAUCUCCACCCUGGCCAUGCACAAGCGCACGGCGCACAACGACACUGAGCCCAUCGAGGAGGAGCAGGAGGCCUACUUUGAGCCGCCCACAGAUGCCAUUGACGAUCCCGGAGUCACUUACACGUCUGUAGUGGAGGGAGAGGACUCCGGGUCGGAGCAGGUGUCUGUGGGAACUCCAGAGGUUCUUGGGCAACAGCAUCAAGUAUCCCUGGUUACACAGGACGGAACGACGCAGCAUGUCAGUAUCUCCGAAGCGGACUUACAAGCGAUGGGUGGCACGAUUACCAUGGUUACGCAAGAAGGCACCACCAUCACCAUCCCAGCCCACGAGCUGACAUCACAAGAACAUCAUUCUGUCACCAUGGUGACAGCAGAUGGCACAGAGGGACAGGUGCAGAUUAUGAACCCAGAUAUGACUGCAUACCAUUCAGUGGAGGAAGUGGACUUCAGCCAAGAACAGGAACACCAGGUUGUGACCUCCAGCCCUCACCCUGUCACGCUAUUGGCUACUUCCAAUGGCACUCAAAUUGCUGUGCAGCUCCGUGAUCAACCAUCAUUGGAAGAAGCCAUCAGAAUAGCAUCAAGAAUACAGCAAGGGGAGACCACAGGAUUAGACGAUUAACACAAAUGAACUAUGGACAAACUUAUAGCAAAAAAGGAAAAUUGUGUAUGCCACUAUUUUCUAGAUUCAACAUGAACUGUGUGUAUAUUUUGAUAUACACGUUUGUCCUAUACUGUCUUUGUGUGCCCCUCCAUCCACUGGUAAAGAGAGCAUGGUUUCUAAUAUUCUAUUGUGCUAACUGCAAUGUACAGAGAACACAUUUUUAAAAUAAAAAUACUGUGUUAUCAA